AUGGACCAGCGCAAGACAGUGCGGUACAAGGUGCACUUCUUCCCGCCCCCAGGCGGCGCGCACCUCGUCGACAAGUGGAAGGCAGAGCGCGACCUCACGCUUGGGCUUCUGGCCGGGUCGCUGUGGCUCAAGGACGCGGCGCGCCUGGGCCUCGUGAGCAAGGUCGGCGGCAAGUGGAGGGCUACCGACAACUGGACGAGCAGCACGUACACGCCCGUGCGCAGCCUCCUCCUCAAACUGCGCGAACGCCUCCGCCGGGAGAACGGAGAGAACUACUUCGAGAGAGAAGGUGCCCUCCGCUCGUGGAAGAAGGAAGCCGACGUGCCGUACAAGAAGCGGGCCUUUCUCGCCGAGUACCCGUAUUACUUCAUCCUGCUCGAGCUGGCCGGCACCGAGCAGGCCGAGCUGCCCGAGCCCGCGGCGGAUGGGUCAGAUGAGGCGGAGGCCGACGACCGCCCGUCCAUGCCGAGAAAGCGGCGCCGUCGUCAGAACGUCGUCUACUCCAGUGACGAGGAGUCGGAUGGCGAGAAGAAGACGGUGCACCCUGCCCCGGUCGGGGGUAUGAAGUCGCUGCCCUUGGUCAAGGCGAUCGCUAGUUCAGGAAGGGAUAAGAAGCGGCACAUCGAAGCUACAAGGCCCAAGCCUCCGCCGAUGUCGUUGAACUCGCAACCGCCAGCCUCGUCCUCAAGGCUCCCUACCCCCUCGUCCUCGAGGCUGCCUACACUUCCUCGGACGGAGCAGCGCGGGACUCGACAGUUCCCCUUGGAGGUUGAGGCGUCACCCUCACCCUCGCCCUCGCCUUCGCCCCAAGCUUCUCCACCGCCGCCGCGGCGUUCUCGACCCCAGCGCCUGGUUCUGCAAGGCCCCAUCCCCAAGGCAGAGCCGUCGACGCCGGCCUCAGCCUCUCUCACACCACCCAUACCUCGGCGCCGCUCCACCGCUGUGCGCCCUCCGCCCCUCCCCGUCAAGCUCGCACCGGCGGAUACCACGCCGAUGAACAGUCCCAAGACGCCACUGUCGGCAAUGGAGAACCUGUCACUGGGUCGCGGCACAAAGCGCCCGUGCUCCCCGUCCAUCUCAGGCUCGGCGUCGACCACCCAGUCCAACUCGAGAAGCAGGUUGGACACGGAGUCGAACCACGAGUCUCUGCCGUCGUCCUGGGCAAACUCUUACCCCCGGUCCAUUAAGCAGCCGCCUGUGAAACCCCCUACUACUCCUAUUGCCCCUCCUCGCUCCGUUGCACCUCCUCGCUCCGUUGCACCUCCUCGCCACAUUGUUCCAGCGCCCCAGCCCCAGGCGAUCAUUACCCAGGCUAUCAUCAACUACCCACCGCCGCCGUACACCCUUGUCGCACCACAGCGUGCGAGUCUGCCAGCGCCAGCUGAGCGGACUACCGACGUCAAGCAGGCUUCACCUUCCGCCGAACUCAGUCAGCGGCAGCCGCCAUUGCAAGGCACUCCAACGCCGGCGGCACACAUUAGAGCAGCAGCCGAAGGCAAUCCCGCAACGGUGGCACCCCCUCCAGCACCAAGCGCACCUAUACCCAGGACAGGAGAUGCGACUACGGCCACCUCGCUGAAGCCUUUCAAUGCAACCCAAAAGACGUACGUCAUCGGCGACACAGUCCAAUGGCUGAUGCUUUCCGAGCCGUCGGUUCAACAGUCUCUCCAGACGAUAAUGGGCGUGCGACAGCCGACUUCUCCUUCAGCCCAGCUGGAAGCCUAUCUCGCCAUGUUCCAAGAACUUCUAGACCCCCAAGGUAUCAAAGGCCGGCAGUUCUCCGAUCCUGCCAUUCGUCAGGUCUGCACGGCACCCUUUCUUAGGGGAUGUCACGUCUACUGUCCUCUCGCCGACAGCUUGGUGAACCAGCUUCUGCUUCUCCUGGAAACUGCCGGCGUGUCACGCCUCAAUGAGGCCGAGCUCGAGAGCUACAGGGGCGCCGACUACAAGCGUCGCGUCCGUCUUGUCGCUCCCCCAUACGGACAACCGUAUCUCAAGCGACCGGUUCGCAGCAUUGACGGCGGCGAGUACAUUUGCUGGGAGCUUUCGCCCCUCAGCUUUAUGACGAUUGUGCAAUACACUUUUCUCCACAACAUUCGCGAGAUUCGCCUCAAGGAGGGCCGUGAGGCCUUGGUCGCCAUGUAG